UCGUUUGUGAAAAACAAAAACACCGGCGUCGGACAACGAAAACAAACAUGUGAACAUCAUGAAUGUCGGUGUUCCUUCUCAUUGCGAUAUGAACUGAGUCACUUUUGAAAUCCUCAGUUUUAUUUAUGUAAAAUGAUAAUUGCACUGCAAACUCUUAUUUUCUUUCGAGAAGCGCUGGUACGAGUGCUGGACAGCUUUUUAAGGCCAUACUACAAGAACUUCAGAUUAACUUUCAAUAGCAAUGAAGAUCUGUCUGACGAUGAAGAUUCUGAGGAACAGGUAUUUGCAGAAUAUCAUGAUGAGAAGGGCGUUGUUUUCUUUCCACCUGUGUACGUCCAAAGAUAUGCCGCAGUCAGUGACUGUCUAAUGGACGAAAAAUGGAGUGGAAAACUAGAAAAGGUUGUGGACUUCGGUUAUCAUGAUAUGAGCUUCAUCAAAUACCUGAAAGAAGUUCCUGGUAUCAAGCACAUCUUGGGUGUAGAUAUAGAGACAAUACCGCUGCAGUGCUCAUCUGAUCUUUUUAGAUGUGAGGAUUACAUACCAAAGAGGGAAAAUCCACUUAAAGUUACACUAUUCCAAGGCAAUGCAGCCGAUCCAGACUACAGAUUAAUAGGCUGUGACGCAGUGGUAGCCAUAGAGAUGAUUGAACAUAUGCUCCCACAUGACCUUGAACGAUUCAUACACACUGUAUUUGGUUUCAUCAAACCCUGGGUAGUCAUCUUUACUACACCUAACGGAGAUUUCAAUGUUCUGUUCAAAUCUUUGGAGAAAAAUGGCCUAAGACGAUUGGAUCAUUUCUUUGAAUGGAGUAGAGAGCAGUUUAAUGACUGGUGUAGUAACAUAGUGGUAAGGUAUCCCCAAUACACUGUGUCGUGUAAAGGGAUAGGGCCUGGUCCACCAGACACACUGCAUCUGGGCUGUUGCAGUCAAAUGGCAGUGUUUGUCGCUAAGGACUAUGAGAAACAGAGAGACUUGAAUAUUAAUAGCUUGGCGUUGGUCGCUAGUCAAGAUGUACCAAAUAAUAGCAACUUUGAAGACAUGUCAUCGAGUUAUGAGUGUAUACCUGACAACAACAUGCUGUUCUUAACUAAUGAUUAUUACAUAUUACCCAGGCCCGAAACAUAUUCCGAAAAUCCCUCCAUCAAACAAUCCUGUGUGACCAUUAUCCUGUCUUCCCCUAUGUAUUCCUACCAUUCCAUCGAUUAUCAAGACAAAACAUUUCAAUGUAAUCUAGAGACAGAGUGGGGAAAAGACUUCCUCUUUGAACAGGAAUCUUGCAAUAUUGUGGAACCAAGGAGGAAGAAACUGUAUAGGAUAUAUGAAUUUGAAGAUGUUAACAACAGGUUAAACUGUUCCACACUACAAGUGAAGAAGUUCUCAAAAACGACCCAAAACUUGAUGGCCAAGAACAAAGGGGAUGCUCUCGUACACACGCGCGAAGUGGUCGACGAAAUUAGGCAUUUGACGAAAAUGCUUAACUUUAAUAAGGGAAGCUGCACCCAGUAUGGAGGGGAUCAUAUUUGGUAUAAUAUCAAUUGGGGGGAUAAUGCGCCGUAUUGGAAUCAGUACUAUAAAGUUGUUAGGGACUAUAGUUAUCCGUUUGAGACUAAAUCAGACGACUGUCGCAUUCUAGACCUUAUUUCUGAGGAAAUAAACCGUCUAAUAGACAAUCAGUGGGAAGAAGAUUUAACGGCUGAUGUUAACAAACUCGAGAUACCGAUUCAGCAAUUGAUGCACGUCGUGCAACAUAUCACACAAGAUGUAGAAAAAGUCAAGGAGCUAUUAGAAUGGAACGGGUAUCAAAUAGUAGACGAUGUAGUGAUACAUUCCCGUCUAGUAGUUGAUACAACCUCAGUGGUUACGCAAGAGGACGACUGGCUCGAUAACGAUACUAUUUCUGAUUGGGACACAUCGGAUCUGCGUUCAACAUCGCUUUCUGAUGGAAGCACGAACGUACCGGAAUUUUAUGGUUCGAUAAUCCCUCUAGGUCGAUGUCUACGACGUGCUCUGGACCAAAAAGUUCGAAAGUUACGCAAAUUGCUAUCAGCGGACGAAGAUAUAACAAGUGAAUUGGAUCGAGUGGUCUGUCGUCUCAUGAAACUGGCUCUCCACACGAGUAGAACCAGACAGACUCCAGUACCAGCUAGCUGGAUGCAAUGCAAGCUGUACGAUCUAUUAGCUUUGACGGAGAAAGCGAUUGAAAGAAGGAAGAAACACUAUUUAGAAGAAUAUACGAUGAGAGCUAUCGAGUAUGAUAAAGGAGACAAUGAUAGUCAGGGUAAGCUAGCAUUAUGCAAUAUAGAAGAGGAUAAUAGAAGAACAGAUAAAAUUAUGCACGAGUACCAAGAUUUAGUACAGCCAUUGGACGAGGAAACGUAUAAUCUUCAGUCUGAAUCUUAUCUGAAGUUACAGGUAGAAGAUGAAAAUGAAAAUGAUUUUUAUCAUGGCGAUACCAAGGAAACAAGUUUAGAUCGAGUAAGACAUGAAGAAAUUUAUCCACGAUGCGAAAGUUUUACCCAGAAAACUAAGCUAGAAAUUGUUCGAGAGUGGGUAGAUGACGAAUAUGGAUCUUUUCCGUAUAACGCAGAUAAAAAACAGCAGGAACAUACAGAUGUUCCAAGCAGUAAUUAUAAAAAUAAAGACAAUAAAUCGGAAUUAUCUUCAAGGUCCAGUUCUGCUUCUCAUAAAAGUAUGAAAUCUAAAAGCAAACAUUUAAUAAUUCCAAAGAGCGAAAUAAAAAUUACUAAAAAGGUCUCGAAGAAAAAACUCAACUUUAGUAUCUUACUCAAAAAUUAUUUUAUCAAAAGUGGUUUAUUAGAUACGAAACCUAAAAAGAAAACGAAAGGGCAAAAAAAGUUGCAAUCUUCUGUAGCUCCAAUUCCUGAUAGUUUAAUCGAACUUUGUCAAACUAAUGCAGCUGACCAAAACAAAGCAAAAGAGAUAAAUCACAACAUGGACAGAAUUAAAAGCAUCGAAUAUAGCUUAUCAGUUUGUGAUGUUCAAGAUGAUAAGUUUGAAAACGUGGCAGCUACACAAAAUAGUUGCAUAAUUAGUAUUGUUACUCACGACGCAGAGGAACAAGUAGCUCUCAAACGGUCCAUUGCAACCGAACCCGACCUGAAUAUCGUAGACCAAGAAGCUAUUGUUGAACAAGUUAUUAGUAUUACAAAAGAAGACAGUCUAAAUUUCUCGAAAGUAAACGAUAACGAAGAUGAACAAUCUCAAACAAUAUUUCUUACUGAUAUAAAUGAACCGAGUACAUCAAAAGGAAUUCGCCAUACAAGAUUAGAUGUACAAUGUGGUCCUGAUGAUAUACAGGAUAGUUCUGAACUUUCCGCAAGUACUUCUUUCACAAAGUUUCCAAAGCUUUUUUCAAAGGGUAUAAAAAUAGAAAGAUCGCAUACAAAUUUAUUAAGGAAAACUACUUUUGAAACGGGUACAUCUCCUGACUGUCCGGCUUGUUGCAAUGAAAUACCCAAGAUUAAGAGUCCCGGCAUAUGGAUUCACGAUUCAGAUAUAAAUACGGAGCUUACAAAACAUAGUAAACCUAAAUGUUCUACUACAUCAUGUGACACAAAGGAAAUAGUUUGCUCUGAAAUCAUCUAUAGCGAGGUAGAAUCAAAGACUGAAUCGACUUUAAUAAAACCGAUAACUAGCGCUAUGAAACUCAAUUGCUGUGGAUCAGAACUCGGUUGUAGCAUAAGUACUAUGAAAAUAAAAUCUCCCCAACGGCUUACAUCUCCUUUAAAGAAUACGAGUAGUGUUCAGAUACAAUCUUGUUCCGGUAAAAGCGACUUACAAAAUUCGUCUCCAACCAGACACGUAAAGCCGAAAUUGAGUUGUGGCGGAAUUUGUGUUCAUAGUUUUAGAGAUAGAGAAGUAUCGCAAGAUGUCGUUUUUCAAGGCGGAUGGAAUGAAAUAAUUCCAAAAACAGCACCUAAAAAGACUAUUAGAAAAGCUCCUUUAAAAAAAGGAGGCUUGACAUCUAGACAAUUAAAAAGGAGUUCUAGUACAUCGGUUCGUAACACGUUGAAUAAUAAUAAAAUAAACAACGUGAAUAGAAGACCAACUUAUAUGAGAUCGGUGAAGCAAAAAGUGGACAAGGAACAACCGAAUAAAACUUCAAAAACUUCAACUAUGAAAAAACCAGAUUCAUCUUUAAAAAAUAAAUAUAACAAAACUAAUAAACCUAUCAAAGAGAUGCUUAAUUUAAAUCUUGAUCAGAGAUAUCAAAAUAUAAGCGCUAAGAGUGCUAAAUAUAUGAUGGAAAGACAUAAUAUAUCACCAAAUCCACUGGGAAAAGAAAAUGUAUUCGAAAGGCCCAGUAUACAAAACUACUUACCUCCCUAUCUAAAAAGAAAGCCUCAUAAAUCAGGAAGUAUAUACGAUAGUAAAAAUAAUUUGUCUAAAAGUAUUGACUCGGCCAAACCAUUGAGCAGCAUUAAACCUGCAUUAGUGAGAUCAAACACUGAAGAAAUAAAAAGACAUGCCUUUAAAGAAAACCCCCGAAUGUAUGUGAGUUAUCAAGUUUUCCGAAACGAAAUCGAAAACAAAAACUACGCUGACAAUAUUGGUCGCGUAGAUUAUAACGAUGUUGGCAGCAAUAGCGUACAAAGAAGGAGUUCUAGUCCUAUAUCUCAACAAAGUUCAUGUUCUACUCCCAAUAGUAUUGCAACUAUUCGUGCUAUGACAUCUACAAAUAAACUUGAAGCAAGUAAAAUGUCGUCAUCGAAUAGAUGCGGAAUUACAAAGAGCACAAUGACUACUUUAGGAAGUUCUUUGGGAUCAAAAGUUAAAAAUUCCAUUAUAAAAAAUAUAAAUAUAAAAAGAAAUGAAAAUAAAGAAAACAUUCCAACUGCUAAAGAAUGGAAAAAUCCUAAUUGUGGAAUCGUUGGAUCGACGAAUUCUAUUUUUAAACCACAUACUCCAAGUAUUAAAAACUCGUAUGUACACUCAAAGCCUUUAAAUAUAUCUAAAAGUAAAAUGAUUAGCAAGAAAUCGACUGUAAAAUUACCAAGUAUAAAAAGUACUCAUAGGCUGGCAUUGAAAACUUCAAGUUCACUGCUUCUAAGGAAAUCACCUACAGAUGGCGGGUCUUCAACUGAAAAAUAUAGUUUCCAAAGCAGCCCGUCCGAUACGGUCAUCGUUUUAGAACCUUACAAAGAUGAACUUUUAAAAGGAUUUAACGAAAUUUCUCUAGAACUUAAAUUAGAAAACAAUGAAAAUGAAGGCGAAAAUAUUAAUGACACUACACAAAGUACUAAACGUGAUUGCACGGAAUCAAAAAGUAUUGAUAGUAAUUUGGAGGAAUCGUUAAGAAAACUUUUUGAUGAAAACAUCGAACUUGCAAGCACACCAAAGAGCAAUCAAGAGUAUUUGAAUUCUGAUGUUAUUGGAUUUCUAAAUCCUGAUAGUGAAAGUAAUAUUUUCAAUACAACAUCUUCACCGGCAAGCUUUAAAACUGUUAUUGAGAAUAAAAAUUCAUGUACUUUUAAAAAUGAAUUAAAUGAUGCUUUGAAUAAUUCGUUUAAUAGGGAAUCUAAUUCAGUAGAUGAAGUAAACAGUAACGUCACCAUAAAUUUAACAGAGUAUUCACGUACAGUAGAAUUUACAUCAUUAGAAUCUAUGGGUUCUUUAUCCAAACCCUCGGAAUACUUUUUAGCUGAUAACCAAGUAGAUCUAUCUGAAGAUAUUAUAAAUAAGGAACCUAGUGAUGUCUCGGUGAAAGGUUUAUUUGAAAGAAAGGAUCUCAACACUGCAACGAAUGCUGUGGGACCCAUAGCUUUACAAGCAUUUAGUGGUUACUCUAUGAACUUGGUACCUCUAGCGGGCGAUCAACCAGAGUACAUUAACCUAGUUGAUCCAGAAACUGGUAGUCUUCGCCAGGAAGUUAACAGACAAGCUACUUCCGAAGAGAUACUGGUAUCAGGACGAUCAUCAGAUACCUACGAAUCCUGUUAUGUAGAAGAUGAUUCUUUUGUACCUAGCUGGUUGUUUCAUAUAAUCAGUCAACAACAAUCGAUGGAUGAAUCAGAAGAAGAUGACGAAGAUCGACUCCCUCUUCAGAUGCCAAUAGUUGAGCCAAUUUUUGAUUUAAAUGGUGAUAUCGGGGAGCCUGGUGUAGGGGCAGGCGCUGGAGCGGGUGAUGGCAGAGGCAUGCACAGUGAUCAUUCGCAAGACAGCUCAGGUCGUGGAACUUCUUUAAGUUCGAGUGAUACUUCAUCAGAUGAGCAUAGUGAGGCAAUAUUGAUCGACCCGUCUGCAUACGUGGCUCAAUUUGAAUUUGCACGGGAGAAUGCUGAUGCCUCAAAUGUGGAUAGACCCAAUGAAUCGCCUGAUACUUCCUUCACUACAGCUGAAGCGGAUAACGGUUUCGAUAAUCGUCCCAGACCAAUUAGUAGGACUAUGGCUAGUGAUAUUGACGCUGAUGUUAGCUCUUUGGACACCGACGUGGCUGAUUCGGACGCUUAAUGUUUAUUUCAAGUUAAAAUGGAAAUUUUGGUCUUGGAGAAUAAAAUUCAAAAUGAUGAAGCUCAAAUGUUUUUGAAAAUUGAGUCGUAUUUGAUGUGUAAAUAUGGUUUUGAAUAAAUUAUUGUUUCUUUGGAAA